UAUGUGGCAUGCCCCAUCCCCCUCCCCCAGUCCCAGUGGUUGUCCCUUUGGAAGCCCUGGGUGCCCCUUAGGACCGCUAGGGGACUCCCUCCUUUCCCCGCAUUUGCAAAGCCUUGUCUCCUGAGGUAAGGAGGGCUUCUGGCCCUCACCGCGGUGCUGGGUGGUCCGAAAGAUUGAAGAGCAGAGAGAGGCCUCUUGGUCCCAGCCCUGGCUCUGCCAUCAGCAAACUGUAACUACUCUGUGUGACCUUGGGCAAGUCACUACCUUUCUUUAGGCCUCGGAUUUCUCAUUGAUUAAAAAAAGAAAAAGAAAAUGGUAUCCCAGAUCUCUUUCAGCUCCGAAAUGGGGCAGUUUUUGAGGAUAAAAUUAAGGCCAAUGGGUUCUAGUACGUGAGGAAGCAUGAAGGAGGCAAGGCUUUCAGCUGGGCUGGAGAAAAUCCCCAGGGAUGUGGGGGAGGGGAGACAUAAAGCCUCCAAGGCUCAGUCCGCUAGCCAGGGCCUCUGGAAUUCUGUUGGAGGAAUGGGAGAACUGUCUUAAGAAGAGGAGGUUGAACCCUGACGCUAGAAAGACUAGGACCAGAUGUAACAUUCUAUUCUAAAGAGGGGGAGUGAGGAGGUGAUGAGGGAGUCAAAGAAGCCAGGGAAUACAUUUUCUAGAAAGGCCCCCCAGGCUCUUUGGAGAGUAGGAGGAACAGUAGAGCUAGUACAGGAGAGUGGGAAUGUCUUGGAUCAGGAAUGGAAAGGUUAAUGCUCUAUGGGGGUGGCUAAAGAAGGAUAGCAGGUAGAUAAACUUCAGGAUAAUCAGUUGGUCUCUAGCUAUUUCUUUUUCUCUCCUUGCCACCACACAAUGCUGGGGUUCCAAUCCAAGGCUAUUCAUGUUAGGCAGAUGCUAAACCACUGAGCUACAGCCCCGGCCCUCAGCUGUUUCUAUUUGAUGACUGCCUCCUCUUUCUGAGAGAUGUGCCUCCCAGUCUUCAUUUUUCCAACACCUCUAGGGAGGGAGAAUGAGUCAGACCAGGCGGACCUUAGGAUCCCUUGGCUCUCUGAGGAUUUCAGGAGUGUAUGAAGAUUGGGGUGAUAUGAAAACAGGGGAUUGAAUCUGAGAAUAAGAAGUACCAUCUGUAGUGUCCUCCUCCUUGCUGGGAGGCAGCUUUGUGGAGUGGUUGAAAGCACAGGCUUUGGAAUCAGACUGCUUGGAUUCCAAACCUGCCUCUGCCAUUUAAUCUCUUGAAACCUUGAUCAAUCGGUUCCCGAUUCUGGUCCCCGGCCCCCAGCAGCGCCUGCCCCCUUCCCACCGGGGCCCCCCAUGAUGCCACCACCCUUCGAAGCUGUGUGCUUGCCUGUUAAACCCAGAGAACUCCCCAGUUACCUGUCUUUCUCAGUGAUGCCCCCUCCAGGGAUCCCCCCACCCUUUCCUCCGAUGGGGCUCCCACCCAUGAGUCAGAGACCACCAGCCAUCCCCCCCCUGCCACCUGGCAUCUUGCCCCCAAUGCUUCCACCAAUGGGGGCACCACCACCACUCACACAGAUACCAGGAAUGGUACCUCCGAUGAUGCCAGGAAUGCUGAUGCCAGCAGUGCCUGUCACUGCCGCGACGGCUCCGGGUGCGGACACCGCCAGCUCUGCUGUGGCUGGGACAGGCCCUCCGAGGGCCCUAUGGAGUGAGCAUGUGGCCCCUGAUGGGCGCAUCUACUACUACAAUGCUGACGACAAGCAGUCCGUGUGGGAGAAGCCCAGCGUGCUCAAGUCCAAGGCGGAGCUGCUGCUGUCUCAGUGUCCCUGGAAAGAGUACAAGUCAGACACAGGCAAACCUUACUACUAUAAUAACCAGAGUCAGGAGUCCUGCUGGACCCGGCCCAAGGACCUGGAUGACCUGGAGGCUCUAGUCAAACAAGAGGCUGCAGGAAAAAUGCAACAGCCGCAGACACUACAGCCACAGCCGCCUCAGCCUCAGCCUGACCCCCCACCUGCACCUCCUGGCCCCACUCCAAUGCCCAAGGGCCUCCUGGAACCUGAGCCAGGUGGGAGUGAAGAUUGUGAUGUGUCGGAGGCUGCCCAGCCCCUGGAGCAGGGGUUUCUGCAGCAGCCAGAGGAGGGCCCCAGCAGUUCUGCUGGACAGCAUCAGCUAACACAGCAAGAGGAGGAGGAAUCCAAGCCAGAACCAGAGAGGUCUGGCCUCAGUUGGAGCAACCGAGAGAAGGCAAAGCAGGCAUUCAAGGAACUGCUGAGGGACAAGGCUGUCCCCUCCAAUGCCUCAUGGGAACAGGCCAUGAAGAUGGUAGUCACAGAUCCCCGUUACAGUGCCUUGCCCAAACUAAGUGAGAAAAAGCAGGCAUUCAAUGCUUACAAGGCACAGCGGGAGAAGGAGGAGAAGGAAGAGGCCCGGCUAAGGGCCAAGGAGGCCAAGCAGACCCUACAGCAUUUCCUGGAACAGCAUGAACGCAUGACCUCCACCACCCGCUACCGGCGGGCAGAACAGACCUUUGGGGAACUGGAGGUCUGGGCUGUGGUCCCUGAGAGGGAUCGAAAAGAGGUUUAUGAUGAUGUCCUCUUCUUCCUGGCCAAGAAAGAGAAGGAACAGGCCAAGCAGCUCCGGCGCCGAAAUAUUCAGGCCCUGAAGAGCAUCCUGGAUGGAAUGAGUAGUGUCAACUUCCAGACCACAUGGUCCCAGGCUCAACAAUACCUCAUGGAUAACCCCAGUUUUGCUCAGGACCAUCAGCUGCAAAACAUGGACAAGGAAGAUGCCCUGAUCUGCUUUGAAGAGCACAUCCGAGCUUUGGAGAGGGAGGAGGAGGAAGAGCGGGAACGGGCCCGACUUCGGGAACGGCGCCAGCAGCGCAAGAACCGGGAGGCUUUCCAGACCUUCCUGGAUGAGCUGCACGAGACAGGGCAGCUGCACUCCAUGUCCACCUGGAUGGAGCUGUACCCAGCAGUCAGCACUGAUGUCCGCUUUGCCAACAUGCUGGGCCAGCCGGGCUCUACCCCUCUGGACUUGUUCAAGUUCUAUGUGGAAGAGUUGAAGGCACGAUUUCAUGAUGAGAAGAAGAUCAUUAAGGACAUUCUUAAGGACCGGGGCUUCUGCGUGGAGGUGAACACAGCGUUUGAAGACUUCGCCCACGUCAUAAGCUUUGACAAGAGGGCUGCUGCGCUGGACGCAGGCAACAUCAAGCUGACCUUCAAUAGUCUGCUGGAGAAGGCAGAGGCACGGGAGAGGGAACGGGAAAAGGAGGAAGCACGAAGGAUGCGGCGCAGAGAAGCUGCCUUUCGAAGCAUGCUGAGGCAGGCCGUGCCUGCUCUGGAGCUGGGCACUGCGUGGGAAGAGGUCCGUGAGCGCUUUGUGUGCGACUCAGCCUUUGAGCAGAUCACCCUAGAGUCGGAAAGGAUCCGGCUCUUCCGGGAGUUCCUGCAGGUGCUGGAGCAGACUGAAUGCCAGCACCUCCACACCAAAGGCCGAAAGCAUGGCAGGAAGGGCAAGAAACACCAUCACAAGCGUUCCCACUCACCCUCUGGCUCCGAGUCGGAAGAGGAGGAGCUGCCCCCACCAUCCCUCCGGCCCCCUAAGCGGAGGAGACGAAACCUCUCAGAGUCUGGCUCUGAUCCCUCAUCCUCACUUGAUUCAGUUGAAAGUGGGGGUGUUGCCCUUGGAGGACGGGGCUCCCCAUCCUCCCACCUUCUUCUUGGAUCAGAUCAUGGCCUUCGGAAAGCCAAGAAACCAAAAAAGAAAACUAAAAAGAGAAGACACAAGUCGAACAGCCCUGAGAGUGAGACAGACCCCGAGGAGAAAGCUGGCAAGGAGAGUGAAGAGAAAGAACAAGAACAAGACAAGGAUAGGGAGCUUCGGCAGGCAGAGCUCCCUAAUCGCUCCCCAGGCUUUGGAGUCAAGAAGGAGAAGGGACUGAGACGAAACUGGCAGGGAACUGAGCAGAUAGUCUGCAGAGACCACCAUGCUUCCUACCCCCCACCAAAAAACCACCUAGCUGAGAAAAGGAGUUGGUUGGAAUGCAGAAGUAAUGGCUGGAACUUCAACAGCUACUCUGGACCAUGAAGUAACCUUGGAAAUGAAAUCUAACAAUCAAGAAAAAUGC